AUGACUAUUCAGAAUUCUUCAAUGGUUUUAUUGGCAACAGCGAUCGUGAUGGCAACAAGUGAUAAUUUGGAACAACAUGUAGCGAGAGUUUUAUGUGAUCCUGGUUCGCAGAUCAGUUUGAUAACAGAACGUUUGGCAAAUUCUCUACACCUACGAAGGACACGGUGCGAAGUGGAAGUGGAAGGUGUUGGUGCGUCUGUAAACACGCGGACAAAGGGUCUUGUAAGUGUGCAACUUCAUUCUACUCAUCACGAUUUUUCAAUGACUUUGAUUGCUUUAGUUAUUCCGACAAUAACGUCAAUUACUCCGACUCUGCGCGUCAAUUGCAAGCAAUGGAAACACCUUACGAAUUUAAACCUGGCUGAUCCAAAUUUUGGAAUACCUAGUGGUAUUGACAUCCUUCUCGGAGCAGAUUCGUGGGGUCUCAUUGUCGAGGCCGAUUUAAUCCGAGGAAAAUCGAAUGAGGAACCCUUUGCUCAACGAACUAAAUUUGGUUGGGUGGAGGUACCUGAGGGAAACCACGUCAACGAUAAUGAUUGCGAGCUUUUAUUCUCAACUACUUUCAAACGAACUUCAAAUGGAAGGUACUGUGUCAACAUUCCUUUCCGCAGUGAUGCCUUGGCCUUGGGAGGAUCUUAUCGGCAAGCUUUACGACAAUUUUAUUCAAUGGAACGACGCAUGACGACUGAUGAGGAGUUUCGUGCAAAUUAUCUGUCCUUUAUGAGGGAGUAUUUGGCCUUGGAUCAUAUGGAACCCUGUGAUCAACCUGGAGAUCAUGAAAAUUGUUAUUAUAUCCCACAUCAUGCUGUGAUAGUUAAAUUUCGAGUGGUAUUCAACGCUUCCGCGCGAACUACAACCGGCGUAUCCCUCAAUGAUAUUCAGCUUGUUGGACCAACGCUCCAGGAGUCGCUUCUAAACAUCAUUUUUCGAUUUCGACGCUACAGAAUCGCACUCAACGCAGACAUCGAGAAAAUGUUUAGGCAAACACUUAUAACACCUGAGCAUCGAGAUUUUCAACGCAUCGUUUGGCGAGAGUCUCCCGAGGAACCAAUUGGAAUCUAUCGUCUGAAAACCGUGACAUACGGAAUGGCCAGUAGUCCCUACUUAGCAGUGCGUGCUUUGAAUCAAUGUGCAAAUGACAACUUUCAUCAAGUGGCUGAUCCCAUCCGGGCAGAAAUUGCUAGACAAGCUAUUCUCGAUUCAUUUUAUGUAGACGACUUCCUGACCAGUGCCAGAACGACGACACUUGCCGUACAGUUGUCUAAAGAUGUGUCAACGAUUCUUUCUGCUGGACAAUUGAAUCUGCGCAAGUGGAAUUCCAAUGACCCUGCGGUAAUUGAACAAAUCACUGGAGAAGCUGCAUCACCUGUGCCUUUGACAGUCAACAGUGUUUGCACUUCAGUUCUUGGCUUACUCUGGGAUCCUGUAACGGAUGAGCUUCUCUACAGUAUAGACUUUCCACAGUGCAACGAUCAACCAACGAAACGACGUGUCCUCAGUGCAAUAGCGCGAUUAUUCGAUCCAACAGGAUUGGUGGCACCUGUCAUUAUCACUGCAAAAAUCUUCAUCCAGAGCUUGUGGUUAUCGGGUAUUGAUUGGGACACACCCCUUCCAGAAGAUUUGGCAAAGGAGUGGAACAUUUUUUGCAAUGGACUUUCUGAACUACAACAUCUGCGUGUUCCAAGGUGGGUGGGAAUGGAAGAAACAGAACAAACUACGUUUUAUGGUUUUUGUGACGCUAGUACUCGCGCUUACGCAGCAGUGAUUUACACUCGCACUGUUGACGAAAAUGGACAAGUCAAAAUUGGAUUGUUAACAGCAAAAACGAAAGUGGCUCCAAAGAAGGGAGCAACUAUUCCACGAUUAGAACUCUGCGCAGCUCAGCUAUUGGCAUCAACUUGGGACAACGUGCGUACAUCUUUGCGCAUACAGGAUACAUCUUGCUUUUUAUGGUCCGAUUCUAGGAUUGUUCUUUGUUGGCUGAAUAAGCAGCCUUCCCAACUCAAGCCGUAUGUCGCUAAUAGAGUACGGCAAAUACAGUCAUUGACAAUUCCAUCACAGUGGCAUCAUGUUCGCACAACUGAGAACCCAGCAGACUGCGCCAGCCGAGGACUGAAAGCAACAGAUCUCCUGAAACAUAAAUUAUGGUGGCAAGGUCCUCAGUGGCUGAACAGUGGUUUUCCGGAGCAAGAAGAAUCUACACAACCUUCUGUGUCCGAUCUUAUCGAUGUUCAAGAAGAGGAAAGGAUUUCUGUGCUGAUGGCAGUCACACAUUCACACACCCUAUCAAUCACGACUCGUCAAUUGGACGGAGAGCUAAUUCCACUCAUCACACGAUUCAGUAAUUUACGACGCCUUUUGGGAACAAUGGCAUUGGUGCGGCGUUGGAGCCCAUCCCGAAAACAUCUUUUACAUCAGUCGAUUAUCAGCGCAAGAGAAUUGGAUACGGCAUUGGAUCAUUUGAUUCGAGUUGAACAGAGCCAGGCAUUCAGUGUGGAACUUAAUGCCUUACGAAAAAAUCUUCCUCUUCCCUCUACUAGUCGAUUGGCUUCGCUUAAUCCGUAUGUGGAUGAUACAAGAAUUUUACGCCUUGGUGGUAGAAUUCGCAACGCCUCGCUUCCAGUCGGCAGCAGAUUCCCGAUCAUUCUUCCAAAGGACGGAUUAUUGGCUAAACUUCUCAUUCAACAAUCCCACAUUGACACAUUGCAUGGUGGAGCACAACUUAUGCUUCAAAAUCUACGUUCACGAUACUGGAUUUUACAAGCUCGUCAAGCAGCAAAAAGGUGUAUCAAUCAGUGUAUAAUUUGUCGACGAUUUCGAGGUCAAACAAUCACUCAACAAAUGGCCCCACUUCCAGGAGUUCGAGUGGGUGAGGAUGGAUCGCAGCUCCAGCCCUUUUUCGCAUCAGGACUCGAUUACUGUGGACCGUUUACAUUACGCGUGGGUGGUCCGCGAUCCAAGAUUACGAGCAAAACUUACCUGGCAAUUUUUGUUUGCAUGACAACCAAAGCGACCCACAUCGAGGUCGUCUUGGAUCUGUCAUCGCAAGCCUUUCUGGACGCAUUCACUCGCUUUACUAGUCGAAGAGGUAUUCCGCGCAAGUUAUUUAGUGAUAACGCUACCACAUUCGUCGGUGCUAACCGCAUACUUCAGGAGGAUUUAGCGCAAUGGCAGUCUGAGCAGAAUCAACAAAAAUUGGCGAAUCUUGGAACAACUUGGCAGUUUAUCUCACCUGGUUCACCACACCAGGGUGGCUUGUGGGAAGCGGCGGUGAAAUCUGCCAAGAAACAUUUAAUAAAACUUAUUGGAAAUCAGGUACUCCGCUUUGAGCAGUGGCAAACCCUAGCGGCGCGAAUUGAAGCCUGUCUUAAUUCUCGCCCAAUCACUCCCUUGACCGAUGAUCCGGAAGACAGAAUCGCAUUAAGUCCCGGCGACUUUCUUAUUGGCAGACCACUCCUUGCAGUUCCAGAACCUGAUGUCACGAAUCUCCCUGUAAAUCAUCUAAAACAAUGGCAAUGGCUGAGACAACUGCAACAGCAAUUUUGGAAGCGUUGGCACGAUGAAUAUCUGGCAACCUUACAAUUACGGGGCAAGUGGAAAAAUCGUAUCACCAAUCUACAGGUCGGAGAUGUGGUUCUCGUUCGUCAUGAGAACCUUCCACCUACUCAAUGGCGGCUUGGGAGAGUGGAAACAAUUUAUCCUGGCAAGGACGGUCUUGUACGCAAUGCUACAAUUAGGACAGCACAUGGAACCUAUACCAGAGCAGUUCAACGCUUGUGUCCUUUACUAACUAAUUUCGAGCCCAUCGGCUCGACCGGGCAGGAUGUUGGAAAUUGA